AUGAAAAGGGAGGAAAAGGACGUGCGAAACGUCAUUGAAAAUCUUCUUCAUAACAACAUCCAACGUAUCACGAAACCUGCAAUCAAUCGUUUCGCUAUCCGAGGUGAUGUUAAACGUAUUUCUGGAUUACUCUACGAAGAGACUUGUGCAAUUUUGGAAGCAUUCCUCGAAAAUGUGAUUUGUGACGGAAUAACUUAUAUCAAGCAUGCCAAAAACUGUCACGGCAGAUGUAGUUUACGCAUUAGAAGAUCUUGGACGUACGAUCUACGAAAGAAAUUAGUAAAGAUCUUAACAACAUCUCAUGGAUUGCAGCUUCCCACCAAAUAUAUUCUUUUAUCAGUGUACAUCAAAGAUGAAGUUUGUCCGAAGUCGAUAUCAUCAGUGGUUCUGAUGAUAUCCCAAACGAAAAAAAAACCUGACAUACGCACACACGCACGUCCACCUGAAGUUAUUUUAACAGAUCAGGGUCGCAAUUUUAUGAGUGCCUUGUUACAAAUUGUUGCUAAAAGGUCUGGAAUUAAAAAGUUACGAACGACAGCUUAUUAUCCACAAUCAAAUGGUUCCUCAGAACGAUCACAUCAAUCUUUGUAUGAAUAUCUCAAGUUUUAUUCAUCAAUUGAUGAUAAAUGGGAUGAUUGGAUAGAAUUAGCAGUAUUUUCUUAUAAUACUAGUUAUCAUUUUGGCAUUCAAAGUGCACCCUACACAAUAGUUUUUGGUCAACAAGCUAGAUUACCAUCUAGUGAACCUAUAAGAGAAUGUGAACAAUUACCUACUAUGCAAGGAUAUUUAAUUGAUUUAGUUACAAGAUAACAUGGAAUAAGAUUAUUAGCAUAUCAAAAUUUAGUUCAAUCAAAAGAAACGUCAAAGAAAUAUUAUGAUAAAUAUUGUAAUCCUCAAAAUCUUAAACCAUAUCUACCGAACCUAAUCCUGGAAAAACUAAAGAUCAGUAUUCAGGUCCAUAUAAAGUUCUUGAAAUUUUAGAAAAGAGGAAUGUAAAAAUUCGAACUGAAAAACAAACACAAAUUGUUCAUAUGAAUAGAUUGAGAUAUUCAUUUAUUAAUCCAGAAAUAACACCAAUACAUAAAACACGAAAGUUUAAUUUUCAAAUAGGUGAUAACAAUGAAGCUAAUUAAUUUACUUUACAGAUGAUUAUCAAAAUAAUUUUCGCUGCAAUUUUAUUUUUAUUGAGUCCAACAUCCGUUUUUGGGAUAAUUGGAUAUGAUUGUGAAAGAUCAACAGUAAAUUCAACCACCUUUUCAAUCAAUGAAAUUGGAGAUUGUGAAUUUCC